UGUAUUAUAGGGCUGUUGUUUUUUUUUUCUCUUUUAGGAUGGGACCUGUUGAGGACAUGAAGACAGGAAACCAAACGGUCACUACUCACUUCUUACUUUUGGGGUUUUCCUUCCAUGGCAAGAUGCAGCUCCUAUUUUUCACACUGAUUUCCACCAUGUCCCUGGCCAUCUUGAUAGGGAACUCUCUAACUGUUGUGAUCGCAGCCGUUGACCCUGUCCUACACGCUCCCAUGUACUACUUCCUCAGGAAUCUUGCCUUGACAGAGAUCUGCUAGCUGAGAAUUGUCCCCAAGAUGCUCAUGAUUCUGCUGGUGGAGGGAAAAAUUAUUUCCUUCACAGCUUGCGCCUUGCAGCUCAACUGUGUUAUUCUUUUUGUUAUGUGUUUUCUCUUAGGUGCAAUGGUUUAUGACUGGCAAGUAGCAAUAUGCCAUCGACUGCAUUAUGCCACCAUGAUGAACAGGGAUCGCUGCUUCAAGAUGGCUUUUGGGUCUUGGCUGUCUGGUGUCCCUGUGACUCUGGGCUUCACCACCUGGUUAUUUACCCUGCCCUUCUGAGGGAGAAACACAGUCGACCAUUUCUUUUGUGAUGUUUCUCCUGUGUUAAAGCUGGUGUAUGCAGGCACAGCCCUGUUUGAGCUACUGAUUUUUAUUGCUAUUGUCAUAAUAGUGAUGAUUCCCUUUUCUCUGAUAGCCAGCUCUUAUCUUUGUGUUAUCCAUGCUGUUCUUCAGAUACCCUCGUCUGUGGGCCAGAGGAGAGCCUUUUCCACCUGUGCAGCUCACCUGGUGGUAGUCACUCUUUUUCACAGCACAACUGGCAUCAUUCACCUGCCGCCCAAGUCCGGCUUCUCAUCCAACAUGAAGAAAAUGGUUUCCCUGUUUUACACAGUUGUCACCCUCAUGCUCAACCCCAUCAUCUACAGCUUGAGGAAUCAGGAAGUCAAGCAAAGCUUGAGGAGAUGCAUGACAAAUGGUUAUUUAAGAAGCAGGAGACAGAUUCCUUGUAGCUGCAUGGAACGGAAGUGUUUCCAUAGUUAA